AUGGCAAGCAGUACCAGGGCCAAAAAGGACAGAAUAAACAAAAAUGCUGAAGAUCUAAACAUGGACAAGAAUUCAAGCAAUGCCAGCAAGGCAACAAAUGAUAUUUCAGCAGAAAUGCUAGAUAAAAGAACUAUUUCAAGUUUUCAGUCCAAUGAGGAAAAGGAAGAGUAUGUUCUAAAGGCGUGCGACGAAUUAGUCCAAAAUAACGAUUACCAGACCCUCUUAUCACUCUUAACCAAUCUCCCUGGCAUCUGGGACUCUCUUUCUACUGCCAGACUCACCAAGAUUGUGAAACAAGUAUUCUCUAGAAUUGAUGCCAAUUUUAGAAUAUUUGAAAAUCUCCAUGUUCUUUUAAAAGGCCUUAUCGAAUGCUACUCGGAUAAGAAAAUGCUAAAAUUAGAUCUGGAGUGUAAAUUAAUCAAUCUUUACUUGACAGUGGGGAAGUACAGAGAGUGUCUUGAAAGCAUUUCACAUGUUUUGAAGGAGUUGAAAAAAUACGAUGAUAAAAUUAAUUUAAUUUCGUUGUAUGUCUAUGAGAGCAGGGCCUACUAUGAGCUGCAGGACUUUAGCAGGGCAAAGUCCUCGCUGACGUCGGCCAGGGCACUAGCAGUCAGCAGUGCAUGCCCUGCCCAGCUUCAGGCACAGAUAGAUCUACUAAAUGGCAUGUAUCUCAGUGACGAAAAGUCGUUUGACACUGCCAUAUCAUACUUCAUGGAAGCACUUGAAGGAUUUCUACAGGAUAAAGUGCCUGAAAAUGCCUGUGUGACUCUGAGAUAUAUCAUUCUUAAUAAGAUUCUUCUUUCUAAGUUUGAUGACAUCAAUGCUGUCUUGUCUUCUAAACAUUCGGCACCGUUUAGGGACGACCAGUUUAUUAAAUUGCUAUGCAGUGUUUCUAAAAGUUGCAAAAAAAGAGAUUUGAACAUGUACAGCGAGAUUCUGACAAACAAUGCUGUUGUUCUGGAGAGCGAUGCAUAUGCAACCCGCCAUCUUUUCCAUCUCUACAAUAUUCUUUUAGACCAGAAUAUUCUAAAGAUCGUUGAGCCAUAUUCGCAUGUCAAAAUUGAAUUUAUUUCCAAUAAGAUCCAUUUAUCCGAAGAUGUUGUUGAAAACAAGCUGAGAAUGAUGAUAUUGGACAAGACUAUUGAUGGCAUUCUUGACCACGACACUCAAUGUCUUAUUGUGAAUGAUUUGAAGAACGCUGAGGAUAAUUUUGCAUUUAAGAAUUUGAAGAUUAUUAGAGAGUUUUUCUCUGAAGUCUAA